AUGCUCAACUCGGUUGCAUUGAACGCCAUCUUGGAUGUGGAUGACUACUCUCACCGGCGCAGCCAGGUGGAGUCAUUCUUGCAUUUCCUUGCAGUGUUGGUAACGGUGCUGGCUUCGUAUUCGUUUCUGCUUGUACCUCUCUGCGAAACCAUGAUGGCUGUCAAGCGCGAGCUGUGCGAUGGCCAGGCUGACUUUGUGGUCGCAUACAGCACGGACACGCAGAUCUCAUGGGGCUUGUACACAGAGGACGUGGGUUUACAUCUUACGGGGUUGGUGCAAAACUCGUACGAGAUAUCGCCCAUCGAGCGAUCGGUGAUACGUUCUUUCGACACCGACGUUGACCGGUCGAUUUCCAGUCUUGGGAACGUCUUUCCAUUCUGCAUGGAGACCACCAUCUUACUGGAGACUGGGGAGCUGCAUGGAGACGCUGCCUUGCAGCCGAUCAUUGAGAACGUUGUGCGAAACGCUGCGUCAGCACUUGGGCGACCAGAUGCUACCACGUGUGCAGAGCUGGCGGACUUGUGCAGCAUGUCAGAUGCCCGACUCCUCCGAGUGGUCUGUGGUCAGACCUGCGGCUGCACGGAACUCCGAACUUCCCCUUGGCACAAGGUGGAGCACAUGGGCUGCGCGAAGCCGUGCCUCGAAGAAGCCGAGGUGAAGCUUCAAAGCGCCUCCUGCGAGGAUGAUGUUCUCAACGAUGCUGGUUGGCAGGCAUUCUGGCAUGAGUAUGACGAUGCACUCAUCGGGUUCUAUGGACAGGGCGUCACUCAGACCCAGUUCUUCGGUUUCAUAAAUUCUACAGCCCAGGCCUUUCUGACUAACGGUUGCGCAGUCAUGGAGACAAUUCCGGUCGAGCUCUUGACGGGCGUCUCCUGGUGUGACGGCCAGCCGGAGCUGUUCCGCCCUUUAGCCUCCAUGUGCCCAGUGCAGUGUGGCUGCAGAGAUGGCCGCGGAGCAACUUUGCCCAGUGGUUUACCGAGCUACUGUCCGACUAGCUGCUCAAACAGCACGCCGUCUUAA